AUGGCGAAGCAGAAGAAAUCCCUCAAGGGAUCGGUCGCCAUCCUCGCUAUGAACUUCCUCCGUUUCCUCAACAUGGUGAUCAUCGUGGGCGGCGCCGCCACCAUCGUAAUGGUGUUCCUCAUCCAAUCGCCGCCCACCUUCCCCGCUGGCUGGGGUUUCUUCUUUCUCAGCACCCUCAUCAUCCUCUCCGGCCUCUUCGGUACGAUAGCUUCUGGGCAGGUCGGGUGCUUCGAGUGCCAUCUGUUCUGCCUGUUUAUAAGCGCAGCAGGGCUGUGCGCAUCGACUCUGAUGAUCUUCCUCCGUUUCAAGGACGUCGUACUCUCGAUGAAACCGAACGCGGAUCCGUACCAGAUGUACGAUGCGGAGCAGUACGUACGCAUCCUCGGGGCCCUCUAUUUCUUCAUCUUCAUGACGCAGAUGGUUAUUCUCAUGCUCGGCUGCACUGUACACCACUUCGGCCUUAUAGAGCAUAACGAGGACCUCGAUGCGCUAAAAUCCGCGCGCGAGCUCGCGCGCUCCGAGGAGAUUCACCGGCGGCCGAAGAUCGACGGCUGGGUGCCCCACAAGCUGACGGAGAAGAUGAAGCACAAGUACCGGCAAUGGACGCACCGAAGCGCCGCGGACGAGGAGGAGGAGGCGGCCAUGGAAUUCGAUAUGGAGUCGAGCGUUGGUAGCCAAAUUCCGUCCAGUCCGCCGCCGCCGUACCCUGGAGUAAAGCACACUGUGAUGGUGGCAGAGCUGGGUGCUAGAAUUGCAUACUGGUGCUCAAAGGAUGUGGACGGCACUCUUUCAGCAUGCAACAAAGCAGGAGCAUCACAUCACAUCCAUCGUGGGUCUGCAUGA